UCAAACAAGACCCUAAAAUAGCUCAUUUUUCCUAUCUACAUUACGACUAAAGUUCAACAUGGCAAAUCUUCCCAUCAAGAACUUUAACCUUCUCAGCAGACGAUCUUUCGUGGUCACAGCGGAGCAUGAGAAGGUGCAUGCUGCAGCAUCGGUAAUGUCGAAGGCGACAGAAACAGAUUCGAGAGUGGAAGCUCCACGAGGGAAGAAGGAAAAUUUCUGGAUGCCAGAUCCAAAGACGGGCAACUUCAUUCCGGAGACACACUUCGGGGAGAUUGAUGUUGCUGAGCUGAGGGAGAAGAAACUUUCUAAGAAACAAGAGCAGUGAACCACACUAUAUACGGCUCCUGUUUCUGUUAACUUACUAGUAAGUUUACCAGCUCACUUGCUUAUAAAUAAUCUUCGAAGAUACAGGUUUUCGAAGCCUUGAUAAGUGAGGGUUCAUAAUAGCUGGAUAUAUAUUACUCUUAAACCAUGUAGCUGUCAUCUAGUAUCGUUGAAGUACCAAAGUAUCAGUUAAAUAAAGACAUACUUUUAUC